GGAAAUGUGUUAAAUUGACAGAGCAGCAGUUACUUAGUGUAAUAGAUGACAGUGAUUUUCCGUGUAGUGAGGACGAGGCAUAUCACACAGAUUGUCAUUAAGAGGCUGCAGAACAAUUGCAGAGUGAUGAUAGCGUGGAAGCACAGCUUUCGAAUCUGUUUCGUGGCAGUUCCGAAUCUGGCGAUGUGGAAUACGACAAUUGUGUGGAAAUCGACGACGAAAAAGAGCUCGACCUGUCACAUGGAGAUAAUCCAGACCGUAAUCCAGUUGUGUCUGACAUUGAAUACAAGACUUCUUGCCACAUUUUGUCAGAGAAAAGAUCUGAAAGAAGACAGACCAGGACAAAGGAGACAGAGUCAAAGAAAAUAA